AUGGCCUCGGUGUCACCACCAAAACCGUGGGAAAGAGCAGGUGUCGCUACUGGUAACGCAUUAACAUCUGUGCCCACCGCUGGUAGUCCGGUUGCUUCGACUGCGAUGACUACUACUGUCCCCUCUGCGGACAACCCCGCAACCACCUCAAACGCUCCCGACUUACCCUCCCGCCCCAGCGCUCUCAACUCCGUCGUCAAUAAUAAUGCCUCUAACUAUUCUCCCUAUGGUGCGUCACGCUUAGGUACCAGUCCUUACGGAGGACUUGGUGGCAUGGGCGGUUACUCCUCACCAUACUCCCGCUUCGGCUCCAUGGGCUCCAUGUACGGAGGAGGCUAUGGUGGCUACGGCGGCAUGGGAGGCAUGGGAGGGAUGUACGGCGGUAUGGGUGGUAUGGGAGGCAUGUAUGGAGGCAUGCCUGGGCAGGACCCGAAUGAUCCCAACAGUUUGACGAACUCGUUUAGUCAGAGCACCCAGGCCACGUUCCAGAUGAUUGAAAGCAUCGUCGGGGCAUUUGGGGGCUUUGCCCAGAUGCUGGAAAGCACAUACAUGGCAACUCACAGUUCAUUUUUCGCUAUGAUUUCCGUCGCAGAACAGCUCGGAACAUUAAGAAACACCUUAGGCUCGGCACUGGGGAUCUUCACAAUCAUUCGGUGGUUCCGAACAUUGAUCGCCAAACUCACCGGCCGCCCUCCCCCAGCCGACGCUACUUCACUGACUCCUGCGGCUUUUGCUGCAUUCAUGGGUGGGCGAUCUAUGCCCGCCACUCUCCCAGAUGGCUCACCGGCCCCUGCCAAGCCAUCCAAGAAACCGUUCUUCAUGUUCCUUGUCGCCGUAUUCGGUCUCCCCUACCUGAUGACCAAGCUCAUCAAGGCUCUCGCCCGGUCGCAGGAGGCAGAGGCAAAGCGCCGACAGCAACUUAUUGGCCCCAACGGCGAGAUGCAGUCCGCCUCGCUCGAUCCGACCAAGCUGGACUUCUGUCGAGUCCUUUACGACUACUCCCCCGAGACCCAAGAGAGCAACGGCAUCGAUCUCGCCGUGACCAAGGGCGAUAUAGUUGCUGUUCUCAGCAAAUCCGAUCCCACAGGAAAUGCCUCAGAAUGGUGGCGCUGCCGUGCUCGUGACGGACGUGUCGGCUACCUGCCCGGCCCAUACCUGGAAACCAUUCAACGACGACCCUCACAAGCAGCCAUCACCUCCGGCAGCGAGAUUGGCAACACAGCCACUGCAGGCCGCACGCAAAGUCUCUCGGCGAUCUCCAAGCCCGCCAACGACCAGCCACCCCAGCUGAAGGGCAAGAUGGGCGAUAUCUCCCCCGAGAGUUUCCAGAAGAGCACCUUCUAUUCGUGA